AUGGCUACGUUAGACGUGAACACGAUUAUCGCGAGGAGUCUAAAGGCACAGGGCAUUGAAUAUGUCUUCGGCAUCAUCGGAAUUCCAGUCAUUGAACUCUCGAUGGCGAUGCAAGCCGCCGGCCUGAAAUACAUCGGAAUGCGGAACGAGCAGGCCGCUUGCUACGCAGCCCAGGCGGUUGGCUAUCUAACGGGCAAGCCUGGAGUAUGCCUUUGCGUUUCCGGACCCGGCCUUCUUCACGUUACCGGUGGCAUGGCAAACGCCCAGAUGAAUUGCUGGCCGCUGGUUGUUAUUGCCGGCGCAACGUCCGAGGACCACGAAGGUAUCGGCGGCUUCCAGGAGUACCUCCAGGUUGAGGCCAGUCGUCCGUAUUGCAAGUAUGCUGUUCGCCCACCAAAUGCUAGCCUAAUUCCGCUGCACAUUGAGAAGGCUGUGCGGUACGCCACCUACGGCCGUCCCGGCGUCAGCUAUCUCGAUUUCCCAGCCAACCUUCUUCAGGCCAGCGCUCCUGAAAGUAAGAUAAAUUUCGAACUGACGCACCCACCGCCGCCACUCACUUACCCCGACCCGGAGUGUGUCCGCGAAGCAUUCAAACUCCUCACCCACGCGCAACGGCCUUUGAUUAUCAUUGGCAAAGGAGCUGCCUACGCACAUUCCGAGAACAUCCUCCGCCACAUGAUUGAAAAUACAAAUCUUCCAUUCCUGGCGACUCCAAUGGGAAAAGGUGUCGUUUCAGACAAGGCGAAACAAUGCGUAGCUUCGGCAAGGACUGCGGCAUUACAGAAAGCGGACGUUAUUCUACUCCUUGGUGCCCGUUUGAACUGGAUCCUGCACUUCGGACGCGCGCCACGAUUCUCUGCUGAUGUGAAAAUCAUCCAAGUGGACUUGUGCCCCGAGGAGCUGCACAACAGCGUCCGAAGCGCUGUGGCCGUCCAGGCCGACAUAAAUCCGUUUGUUGAACAUCUUUUCGAGCAAUUAAAUGCUGUGAACUUCAACUUUUCGGACAACUCGGACUGGUGGAAGUUGCUCAAGGAGCAAUGCUAUAAGAACAAGACUACGAUCAGGAGCAUGGCAAUGACCACCAGCCCACCCCUGAAUUAUUACACCGUAUUCCAUCACGUGCAGGAAAUCAUACCCGACGAUGCCAUUAUCGUGAGUGAAGGCGCGAAUACGAUGGAUAUCGGCCGCUCGAUGCUGCUGAAUACACUCCCUCGACAUCGCUUGGACGCCGGGACAUUCGGAACAAUGGGGGUUGGACCUGGUUUCGCAAUUGCCGCCGCUCUAGUCUGCCGAGACCGCUACCCAGGAAAACGAGUGAUAUGCGUAGAAGGCGACUCGGCGUUCGGUUUCUCGGGAAUGGAACUGGAGACAAUGGUUCGCUACAAACUCCCAAUUACCAUUCUUAUCGUGAACAACAGUGGCAUCUACGGAGGAUUCGAAAAGGACACAUUCGACGCAAUACGAAGCGAUGGCGACCUUACGCAAGUUACACCCCCUUCGGCACUCACCGUUGAAACCCGUUACGAGCGUAUGAUGGAGAUGUUCGGAAUGAAAGGAUACUUUGCCAGGGAAAUUCCCCAAUUACAGGAUGCCUUGAAGGAAGCACUGACUCUGAAGGAUCGACCAGUCAUCAUCAACGUAGCGAUCAACCCAUCAGCAGACAGGAAACCGCAAGCAUUCAACUGGCUGACGGAAUCGAAAUUGUAAAAUUGCGCGCACAGGGAGUUCCCGUUUUAAAUUUAUUGUUAAGUUGAAUGUCCACGCAACUACUUGGUUCCAUUUGUGUUUUUUUUCUUUGUUGGUGAUAUUUUUUUGUAACGCACAUUUUGUAUAUGUGGAAUAAAGGAAAAUUUAACGGUGAAUUUAUUUGUAAA